AUGCUGGUCCAACCAAUCCGAUCGGAUGAGGUGGCCUACUGGACAGCCAAAUGGAGUCAGGUCCUAGGCACUUCUAAGGACCCAGCUCAGCAGCACCAGGAAAAACUCUGCCAACAACGGUCGCUCCGUCAAUCAAAUUUGGUUCAGAGACGUCUUCCUUCAAUCGAUGUUCAUGCUUCUGAUCAAUCCUUAUCUGUCACUUCAUCACCUAAGAAUUCGGCGGAUGAAACUCAAAGUAAAAGUGGCGAUGUGAAACUGGCGAAAAUUAAUCAAAUACCCUUAGUCUUGUCUGAAGUCCAAGGGACAACUAUUUCUUCUGUCAGUACUAUGGCCCGAAGCUCUCGGCAUACAAGCAAAGAUAGUUCGGUUGUACGUGGGGCAGCGGAUCGUUCUCGUUCCUCCUGUAGAUCAUCUGAACUGUCGAUUAAACGACAAAAAGGGAUCAUCACUCAUUUUCACGAUAGUUGA